AAUCUGGGAAACAAUGUUAAAAACAUUGAGUUUAUGAUAAAGGAAAAUCUUGGCUUCUAAUACAUGUAGCCCAAAAACAAUUUUAUUAUGUUGCCCCGAAAAGGAUGGAGAUGUGUGCCGGGUCGUUCAGCUUUCCGUCUCCAAUCAGAAAUACAAUAUACCGGCAAAGGGCCUUCCAGAUUAACACAGCUGCCUCGUCAUCUCUUGAACGACAUUCCAGAAGGUAAUGAUGUUGUUGACAUCAUCUUUGCGCUGGACAGACUCAGUGUUCAGCACUGCUGUGAGCAGUAUGCUGUCUCCGACCCUAACAAUGAUGAGGCUUUUAUUGAACUCAAGAAAGUUCAUUGUAUGCUGAUAAGUUUUGAGCCCAGAAGACCACACAACACUGAAGUACAGGCCACAGAUGAAAACCAAGAAAAAUUUGCAAAAAACUUUGCUAGUUUAGGUGGAAUUGAGAUUAUGGUGCGCUUUCUUAUGGCCGGUACAGUUUUUCCCAAGCUUGCUGUUGGUCGACAAGAAAGCAAAAAAGCCCUUUAUACAGAAUCAGCGAGAGUGUUAAGGAUAAAAAGUCUGGUACUUGAGGUCCUUAUUAAACUCAAUACUGGGUGUGUGGCAGAGCAAGCACUGUCAAAAGAACUCUUCUGUGAUGAAACAAUGAAUUACCUUUUUACUUUAUUGGCUGCCAAAAAGACUUUUGUCAAUGCCUGCCAGCUUAUUGAAGACAUUUUACAGCAUAGGAAGGAUGUGCUAGAUUUACACAGGAUAACCAAUUUAAGGGGUUUGGUUGCCAGUUUAGAUGACUCCCAAUUAGCCAAUUUUUGUAGGAUACUAGCUGUUGCCAUCUCAGAUCUUGACAUUUAUGAAAACAAAUCUUCAUUAUUUGCUCAGAACAAACAGAAAAGGAGUAAAGGUUUUGUAAAUCUCAGAGAUAUAAACCAAGAACUGUUGUUAGGAAUCCCUGAUCUGUUACCCCGCCUUGUACAGAUUGCUAUAAAUAAAGAAUAUACCCCACGCUACAGAGGAAUGCCCAGUGAGCUGGACUGUUGGAUGGAGUGGAUUGACAAUCAAAUGGCCGAUGAAGUCUACGAGCCUCAAGCGGCAGAUGACUUUGAUGAUUUUAUUGGAGGUGUAUCAGAGCCAACAGCAGAGGGCCAUCCUAUGGUGGCACAGCAAGCACUAACAAUAACAGAAGAGCUGGUUCAAAGGGUAGAGGUCGUCUAUGUUUUGGGGCUGUUUUUACUGGGGAAACAUAGGAAAAAGGUCCAACGAAAGCUGGCGGAGUUAAAAUUAGCAUCUGGUCUCAGUGACCUGUUUGAUCAGUUUAUAUGGAAAUGUCAAGUUCGCACACAGACAAGGCACAGGUUAAGAGGUCACAAUUCUUCUUGCGAAUGUAGUCCUGAAGUUGCAUUGAAAAUCCAGUUCUUACGGCUUGUACAUAGCUUUUGUGAUCAUUCAGAUUACAAACAUUUAUUAUUAUCAAAAAGUGAACUGAAUGAGGUCAAAAAAAUAAAUGUACGAGCAGGAGGCCUAACAUUACAGAAUCUUGACUCUAUAAAUAAACAACUUAUGUGUAGGGGGUCAAAAGGUCUGCUGACAAAAAUAGUUGAAGUCAUGAAGAAAGAGCCAACAACUUCGACCUUCAGGUUAUGGUUUUGGCUGGCAAGAGCAGUGGAAAGUUAUUUAAGAGGAGACACUUCAUACUGUGACCAAAUUUUUCUAAUGAGGCGAGGACUUCUUGCACAUGUUGCUGGCAACAUAGUCGAGAAUGAGAUCCGCCACAAGGAAAUUCUACAGAGCAGUUUUGAUUUACUCGGUGAGCUGAUCAAGUUCAACAUCGAGGCCUUCAAAGCUUUUGACUCCAUCCUGACCACAGAGGAGAAGUUUGAGAAGUUUGUGAACAUGGUCAACAGGAACCUGGUGGACUCCAACAUGUUCAUACGCAGCUUAAUCCUGUCACUUGAACAUUUCAGGGCGGAAGGAUCGGAAAAAACUUUAAAUUUUGUUGGCUCUGCCGACGGAGACAAAGUGGAGAAGCGAGAGAGCAAGCUGGUGGGUUACAUUGGGGACUUCUCCAGGCAGCUGGAGUACCUGUACAAGCUGAUCAACAUCAUCAGCGUCCAGAACCUGACCCAGGAGAACGUCAGCUGCCUGAACACCACGCUGGUCUUCCUCAUGUUUGCCAACAAGAGGAACCAGCUGCCCAGGUACCUGCAGGCUUUGAGGGAUGAGCAGGACGAUGCUUUGGAAAAUGUCAAUGGCUCCUCAAGUAUUUUACAAAAUUUCAGAGACCUGCUGAUAUUCUGGCAGGACCAUUACUUACAUAAAGAUAAAGACUGUAGUGCCUUGGAGAAGAGCUCAAAAAUAAGUUUCGGCUACUGGAAGACAACAGUUUCAAUGCUUGUGUCAGAAGACAAAAGCUUACCUACAUCAGUCUCAUUCUACAUCAACCCCUUACCAAGUGACAGAACCAAUUGAGCCUGAUUCUCAAACAAUGAACACAUCACUGCUUUGUACGUCAUAUCCUUAUCAUGUGAUAAGUAGCUAGGUUUCAGGCACAUAUCCUUAUCAUGCGAUAAGAAGAUAAGUUUCAGGCACAUGUUUAACCUAAAGUACAUAUUCCACACAAUUCUGAGUAUAAAGUUGCUUAUUUUAAAAAUAGGAAUUAACCACAGAUUUUAAGAAAAUUUCCACAUCAUAAUUUUGCAUAUAGCAAUUGCAAUACCUAAUGAGUAAUGAUAUUGGGAUCUCAUCUGAUCAAGAUAGUAAUUGUUUUUAUUGUUAGCAUUUAUCUAAGAAAUUAUAAAAAAGCGUUGUUUUUUUUUAAUGAGCCAAAAGAAGAACCAAAUUUUAAUUUCAUUCAUUUAGUCCGAAAUAGGAGAAAAUUAUUAUAAUUUUAUUUUUUGGUUCAUCUUUUUAUAAGGAUUAUUGAAUAUUCCUUCAAGACCUGUAUUCUCUGUACAAGCUUGGUGUUCUUUUGCAUCUGAAGAUCAUAACUACUUACAAAUAACACUAGCCAGCUUAUAAUGCAUUGAAUUUUCAUUCAUUUUGUGUUGAAGAUUAUGAUUUAAUUUAAUUCACUAGUAAUAAUUGAACACUGCCUAAAUAAUUAAAAUAUUUAGAACAAUAUUAUAUUCUGUUGAUAAACUACUUUUAUUUAUAACUUACGUAGAUUUAUCACACUUUUUAUAUGUAUUGAAGGCUAUAUCAAGUGCAAACAAAUAAUCAAUGCUUUGUGUGAUGUAUUCAUAAUUUUAUGGCGAUGAUGGUACUAUUUAGGUCAGUUACGUAACAUUGGAUGUGCUGAAAGAGAUAAAGUAAAAAAAAGUAACAUAUUUAGUAAAUAAUGUGAUCUAUUUUUAACCAUAAAAUUUAUUUCUUUGUGUCAGUGUUUGUGCAAUUGCUUAGAAUUUUAAAAUUGUAUUUUUAUUUUUCCAUCUUAUGAAAAUGGAAAAGCAAGUAUUAGUGUUUUGUAAAGCUGUUUCUUUCUGAGAAAAGUAAGACUAAAACAAGAGAAUUCAAAUUUUAAAAUAAAUAAUACAUAAAAGUUUUUAAUGACAGUAUGUUGAUUAUUUUUUAUUGCUUUUUAAGUCACUAAUUUGCAAAGAUUUUUGUUUAAUGCAAUUUUUUUACUACAGUAAAAUGUAAUUUUCAAGUAAAUUUAAAUCCUAUGUAAGAAAAGUAAUGUAUGAGCUAAAUGCUUUUGAGUAUGUUAUUCAUUCCUGUUGUCUAAAAUGGCAAGGAUAAUAUUUUCUGUUGUGGGGCAUACUACCCAUUUGCCUUUUUUAAUAUUUUAAUAAAUAUUGGGAGUUGGUAAUUUUUACUUUUAGUUGUUAACUUAACAUAGAUACAUUACUUUUUUAAUUUAGUGAAAACCAAAUGGAAAUUUUACAGAAAUCUUUUUAACCUGCAGCUGUAAUUAAAUUUAUAUACUGUUCAGAAUUUUAAACAAUGGAUUAUAUACUUUUGUUUUGUUCCGGUUGAUAGCGGAAUCCAAUUUAAGUUCUAUGAAAAGUCAGCAGCAAAUUCUGGAGGAAAAGUAUCUUCAAGCAAGAGAGUACAAAUGUAAAUAGUGGUGUGCAGAUGAGAGCUGUAACAUAAGUGGUGUAUGGGUGAAUUUUUUUUCUUUAUGAAUUUAUUUAUAGAUCUGUACAUAAACUUCCUGUCUGGGUUAUGAAAUUGUAUAUAGACUUAGGUGUAAAACUGUAAAUAUAGUCAUUGUGUUGGUUGAUGUCUUGGAGCUCAGAGAGUUACGUCUGGCUUUGGGCAAAAAUAAAAUAAUGAGUUGAGGAAGUUUUCACAGUAAGUUACCAUUAAAAACAACGUGAGACCUUUAUUAAUGCAGAAGCCUACUUUAUUUACCAUGCAUUUAUGAUUUUUAAAAAAGAUUUUACAAUUAUUUUAUAAAUCUUUAUUUAUUUUUUAUAGUUAUGUACAGAUAAAACAGAAAAAGGCAGGAAAAUAUUGAUAGUUAGAUAUGGCUGUAUGUCAUUUUUUUUUUAAUCUUCAUCCAAAUGUGACCCAUUUAUUUUUUCUCUCACAUUUUUUUCACACAACGGCACAGUUAAAUUUGCUUUGUGCUUUUGUUUGCAUCUUUAGCAGCUUUCAAAAGCUGUGCUAGAUAUUUUAAAAAGCUAUCAAUAAAAUAUUUUAUUCUAGUGAGCCAACCUUCUUAGAAUUGAAAUGUUCUUAAAAGACACAUUACUGUUGACUUUAAAUAGAUCUAGGUAAGAUUUAAGGUUAGCUGCAAUGUUAAUUAUUUCUUCUGAUAUGGCAUUACAAAGUACAAUUUUAAAGGCUUCUUAAAAAUUUUUAGUACAUAACAUUUCAGAAGAAUUAGUUUCAUUAAUUAAACCUUUCAUUGCCUACUUUUGUAAAAAUAAUAUCAAGUUAAAUGUAAACUUUGUCCGUAUUGAAUGUAUAUACUAUUUUUUUAAAAACUUAGUGGUUCUGUUAAUAUUUUUAUCAUUAGUUGACACUUAAAACCCUAAUUACAUACAAAAUUACCUUAAUUUUUAAGGGAAAAUUAUUAUCAAUAUAUCUUGUGUAUAACUUUGAAUAUUCUUUUAUCCUACUGAAUGAGAAGUCACAAAAAUUGCAUCAAAUCACAUAAAAAUGUAUUUAGUUCUAAUUUUAGAGGUUUUUCUUUUAAAAAGAUUGUAAGAAAAAAAUGUUAAACUUUUCCUUUUUACAUAUUGUUAUUUAAAAUACUCGUUAUAUGUUGAAUUUUUAUUUUUUUAAAUAUUUUAGUGAUGGAAUUUUAAAGGUUUUUUUUCAUCUUAAUUAAAUAAGACAAUUCUUUUUGUGGUUUCCGUAAAGUUGAAGUCAAUCCAUAAACCAUGUGGUGUGGAGUUUUAUUUUAUUAGCAAAGGGGACAUGGAAGGGCAGUGCCUUGGUCAUGAUUGAUUUAUAAUAUUUACACAGUUUUAAACUUUUCUUAAUGUAAUAACGAAUUAUUGCAAUGUUGUAUAUAUUCUUGGUUACUACUGCUCAUGAAAGUUGAAAUGUAUUCAAAAUCUUAAUAGUUUACAAAAAUGAAGAGAAACUUGUUAAUAAUGUUCUUAAUAUUUUUGUGGUAUUGAGUUAAAGUAUUUAGUUUUUUUGAAGCAACUGUUUUAUUUAAAUUUUUAAAAAUAUCAGCGAGCAAUUAUUUCAAAUAUGGUUAUGUCUUUUAAUGUAUAUGUUGGUUUGUCUAGUUAUAUUGCAGGAUAUGACUUGCCAAAAGUUUUUUUUUUGUCAAAGUUUUUUUUUUCAGAUUGUUUAAAAUUCUUCGAUUACAAUGCCAUCUUUUAUUGAAAUCUUUUUGCACCUUUUCUAAAUUUGAUGUUAACUGUUGUCAGAACUAUGCGUUGUUGUGAUCAUGUUGAGGGUGAAAGAGUAAAUAGUAAAUGAAUAUAGUCAUGCAUAAAUGAUACAUUUAAAUUUGACCUAUGAAAUUAGCCUGUAUUCGCCUUGCAAGAAAUCUUUUUUUUUUCCUAAUGAUUUUUAGUUGUUCCUUUUUAAAAAUAUCCUUAAUAGUUAACACUUAAAUAUUAGUGGUGCAGGUCUGUUUUUUCUAUAAAGAUUUUUCUUCAAUUAAAUUCUUACACAUUUUUUGUAACAGAACCUUGUAACAUAUUUAUGAAUGCUUUGAAUUAACUUGUCAUCAUAGUGAUUACUAUUAAAAGGCUUUUUAUUGAAGUAUUUGUAAUAUAAAAUUUUUUUUAUUCUUGUUGCUUUGAGUGUAGUAUUUUCAUGGGUGUAUUUUUCUUGUAAAUAUACUUGUACAUGUAGUGGGGUGAAAAAUGCAUACGUGCUAUUUUGGUUGAAUGCGUUUUUAGAAUUAAAAAAAAUAUUCCUAUAUAUUGCAAGUGUUAUAUUUUUUGUUUUAAUCUUUUAGUCUUUUAUGUCAAAAUGAUAUUUUGUAACACCUUUAACUUUUUGAACUUAUACUUUGUUCAAGAAAUUUUUUUUAUUUCCUUUAACUGAUAAAUUGCAAAAAAGAUGCAAUCAUUUUGGGUUAGGAGCUGUUUUAUACAUAGUUUCUGCUUAGAACACCUCUGUAAUGUUAGAAUUAUUGUCUUACAGAAAGUAGAAAAUUCAUUAAAACUAAUUUCAUGUUUAAUUUUUAUGAUAUCGAUGUCAUUGUCUAAAAAAUUAAGCAAACAUUAGCCUAGUGUGUCAUGUUGUUCUGAUAGGGUUAAAGCUAUAAAUCAAUUUGUGCAAUUGCUAACAGCUUGAAUGUAUUUAUCUAAAUUGCUUGAAAGUAACUGUACAUUGUUUUAUAGGCACACAGUUAAAAAUCUAAUGGGGGGGAGGGGGGAUUUAUACAGAAAUAACAGCAGGGGAAUGUGUUUAACUUUUAAUAUUCAUGCUAGUAGUCUGUCAAAUUGAAUUUUAUUCUUUGUCGGACUGUCAAAGUACUAGGGAAAACUUUGUUAACAGUUUUCCCCUUUCGGCACUAGAAGCAUUUGCAAUUUGUCAGCUAUUGGUCAUAAUUAUUUAUGUAAAUCACACCCCCCCCCCUCAACCUGUGCCCCUUGUCAUGACAUAUAUACACUUUAUAAGUAAUUCAUUUCAUUGUUAUUUUCCAUUAUGUUGAUGAUUUUGUUAUUUAAAAAAAAAACAACUAAGCUAUCACUUCAUUUGUCUUGAAACAGAAGUUUAGAGUAAAUAAUUAUCUUCAAAAUGUAUUUUUAUUUGUUGGGCAGUGUUUUAUUAUUAGCAUAAAAGAGGUGUGUAAGUUUUUUUUUUUUUUUGUACUUAAUUAUAGAGAACUGUAUGGAGCUUCUUGUCUACAGAAUAAUUAAACUAGUGAUAAGAAACAGCAUAGCACAAACUAAUCAAACAUGAGAUUAUUUUAUAGGUACUGUUAUAGUUUUAGCUCUUUCUUGGAAUAUCUUAAAAUGAGUUAUUUUUAUAAUUGUUUUUACAGAUUACAGAAUUUCUCUCUUAUUUUUAAUGGGCAUUUAAAACAGUUUUACAUUUUUUAUUUCUUAACAAGGUGAAAAUUUUUUUUUUCUCAUUCACUGCUGAGAGUUGCUAGAACUUUUGAACCAGUGAUAGAAUGUACAGACAUUUUCCUCAUGCUGAUGUUAUUGUGUUGUAUUUAAGGCAGUGCAUGAUAGUGAUUGCUUUAUUGUACAUGAAUUAUUUGAACAUUUAAUGUAAUGAUGAAUGUGACAAUACGGCACAUGCAAACAAAAAAAAAGUAAUUAAAAAUUUUAACGAAGUUUUGUU